AUGCUUAGCGAUUUGCUAUUUCUUAGCGGGUUCAGGAAGCGUUGGCCUAUUAUCGGCGAGGAGGAGAUCCGCAUGCACAACACGCGGCGAUCUUUGUGGAUUGUCUCUGGGAACUCAGUAUACGAUGUGACAGGGGUGCUAGGAUCGCAUCCGGGCGGUGAGGCGGCUAUCCUGCGGCGUGGCGGCGGAUCGAAAAACUGUGAAGCCGACUACACGUUUCACAGCCGCUACGCACGGCAAGAGUGGGACAAUCGCAAGAUAGGGGAAAUCACACCUGAGGUUGCUCUGAGACUGUUCCCACCGCGUACCGGGGCGCACGAGGAGAACACCCGAUCUGUCACAGCAUGCACUGCAGGAUCGCCACCCGUGGGUAUCUCGCAAGCUCACAUGAACAGCGGCGAGGAGAGCCAUACGCGCACGGUCGACACGUACGCUAGCACCACAGCAACACCGGACCAGCAGUAUCGUCGCACCGAUUUCUCACCGUGCCCACAGCGGUUACGCUGA